GCUGUGCGUAGGCGUAAACUUGAAGAGGAUGUUGUGGCGCUUGCUAACGUCAGCUGAGAACUGGGAUGAAUUAUUAUGUUUAAGUGCCAUUGACCGCAAUAAAUGUCUAAAUCGUGUAAAGUGGGUGGGGCUGGCUGCUAUCAUUUGAAAAAAUAACAUCAUAGCUGGGCAAUUUUAAAGGCAUGAGAUUAAUUGCAAUUAAUCAAAUUCUGUACAAACGUAGUAACUAGCAAACUUUAAAAUGUACUGCCAUGUUCAUGAUAUAAUAAUCUAUAUUAAUUCAUUAGCUGCUAUUGAGGACAAUAGACAGUGAAGGAAUCUGCCCUUCUAGCCAGAUUGCCGGAACCACGCCAGCCGAACCGCCGGACCCGCGCUGGCGCAAAUCUAACGACCCGGGCCGGCGAGACCCGACAAUCCAGCCAAAAGGCCAAACUCCGCGCGUCCACCUUCGUCUUAAAUCCCCUCGAAUGACUCCGUUUUGAAAGCUGGAAAAAGGCUUUGAAGCACAAGUUGACAAUUUAUUCUAGUGCUGCAACGAUUAAUCGAUUAACGUAAGCGAUUAGAAAAAAAUAUUCAGAUUAAAUUUUGUUGCUUCGAAUAUUCGUUUAAUUAAAAUGGCGUUGUAAUGGUUUAUUUUGAAAGUUUUUGCAUUUCGUUAGAUUGAUUAAGGCGGACACACUGCCCUCUGGUCUGCCUCAUUUCGCAUGGCUGAAUCCAACUGCUCCCUGUUAAGACCAACGUAAGUUUUUGUUUGAGCUCCUGAUUUUUAAUGCAUUCGUAAAUUAGUUUAUAGCUAUAUUUAGUCAUUUUUUGUGGGAAUAUGUGUCUGUACCAUUUUUUAAGAGUAUUGUCAAAAAAGUCAGCAUUUCAUAGCAUAUAUGCUAGCGGAUUUUUGCUAUACAAGUUAGCCAAUUGUUCCUUUGUUGUACAUAGAUCCUCAUUUAUAUAUUUUUUAAACUGUUUGAGGGUCAGCUCAGGUAUUUUAAUUUUUCAUGUUCCUUAUCCGAUUCCUCGAUUAUUCUAACUAACUAGUUCAUCAAUUAAUCGACUAUUAAAAAAUUCGAUAGCUGCAGCCCUAAUUUAUUCAGGUUGACAGCGAUCAAACAGCAAGGUGAAACAAACUCAGGCGAGGAGACAGACUCGUUCCAAGGCGACAAAAGGUUCCAAAGAAAGAUGGGCAAUUAUUAGUUAAACAUUCAGUCUUUUUGAAGGCUUUCACGGCGUGGGCUGCGGGCAGAAGAAGGGUGUGCUUGGGGGGUGUUCAGAUUUAUUGUCUGUUUGUGGAUUGGACAGGAGGAUUCGGGAGAUACUGUUGUCAGGGCAACGAGGGUUGUGGAUUUUGCCACCUCAGCGUCAAACGGGCUCUUGGAGUCUUAUGAGUCGUGUUAUCAGUUGGAUAUCGGGCAUUCUCCGGUGUUUCUUGUGUUGGGACAGGACGUCGAUGCCAUUUGUUCUGGACUGCCCAGGAGAACUGAUUGCGGGAGUUGGUGGUGCAGACGUGGGCUUGUAGAUGUCUUGCCUCGUCAGCGUCAAUCUUGCUCAGUCAGUUGCAUGAUUUACACGUUAAGCUUCCAUUAUAAGAAGGCGUCAUGUAUCUCUUGUGCCUUAUACUCUGCUUGUUUUCCUUGAACUAUGAUAUAAGUGCUAUUUAUUUUAUAUUGGGUGUGUUAGAGUAAUACAAACAGUCAAAUAGCAAAUACGAGAAAAGAUACUAUUCCCUAAUCAAUUAUAUUAAGUGUGUUAGAGUAAUACAAAUAAUACAGCCGAUCGGUAAAUACGAGAAAAGAUAUUAUUCCUUUCAAUAUAUAUCUAUAUAUAUAAAAUUUCAAACAAAGUGGGAUCGGUAUAGUAUCAGUAUCAGCCGAUAUUGCACAGCCAGGUAUCAGUAUCGGGGACAGAAAACGGUAUCGGUGCAACAGUAGUUGAUUCUGUGAAUUCUUUCUUUUUUUAAUUUUUUUUUAUGUGGUUACUUUAUUUAUAAAUAGGAUAAUUGUGAGAGUAAUUCCAUACUGGAAAGCUUAAUCUCGAUUCAUAUUAGGAGUGGGCGAUCUUAUAUUUAGGCUGAAUAUUGAUGUACAAUAUUUAUCCGGACAUUUUCUUUUUGAAGUUAGAGAAAACGUGUUUUGGGACAUCUGGCAGCCAACAAAUGACCAGAAUGCCCUGUCAUGGUUUAAGAAAAAAAAAAAUCAUAAUUCGUGCAUGAAAGGGUCCAAAACUCACGAAACGCUAUUAAAACUGUAACAUCUAAAAGCUAGCCUCAGGCUAGAUCCUGACUGCUAAUUGGUGGCAGUACUUGACACGAGCACUUCCGGACGACUCUGCAAAUCGCAACCAUCUGGGAGUCGCGGCGGCUCAAACGGGAACAUAAACAAGCUCGGGCAACUGUUUACUGCGUCCCAGUCAUUCUGGAAACGGGCUUCCGGGAUCUUCUUCCGACGUCCCACUGAGGGGAAGUCACUUACAUUGUAGAACUGACCUCGCAGUGGUGAGGGCUGCCUCCAGAGUAGGCAUGUGCCGGUAUGAGAUUUUGACGGUACGAUAACCGUGAGCAAAAAUACCGCGGUUUUACGGUAUCACGGUAUUGCAAUUAUAGCUCCAAAAUGUGUUAUUUUGAGAGGUAUGGGUUAAAAAAUAAAAUAAAAUAAAUAAUUUUUCCGGGAUUUUUUUUUUCCCCCCAGAAAAUAUUUGCAAAUUGGAGCAUGAAUAUUAUGUUAAAAUAAACAAAAAAAAUAUUUCAAAUAAAAUUAAAAUAAAUAGAACUUAUAGACUACCCACAGCCACAGCUCAGGUUGCUCAAGAUUGGAGCAAGAACUAAAUUAAUUGCUAUAAAAAAGUAAAAACACUUGUAAUAAAAUUGAAAAAUAUUGACUGUACUUUUUUGUUUGUUUGUUUGUUUUUUGAGGGGCAAAAGCUCAAGUGAAGUUUCGCCAUUUUCAGCCACUGUGUCAACUCUAUUCUACAUGUCAUGCCCUUGUGUUAAAAAGACGCUGAAUUCAUAAGUUAAUAAGUUAAAAAUGAAUAAGUUAGUUAAAAUGUGAAUCUUGUUGUAUAAAGGUGUCAUCUAAAAACACUGGGAGUGAGACCUCUCUUUGUCCAGCGAGCGUACAUUUGUGCUUAGGGCAAGAUCAUCUGUCGCAAUUAGCGAUCUUUGAUGUUAUCCCUUUUCCUUCAUUCAAGCUAGUUUCUCAGUGGCCGUGAGAUUUAUAACCUCGAGGAAGUUGCUCUCCCAGCUAAGACUAGGCUAACAUUCGUCUUUGUAAGUUUUUAGUUAAUUUGUAUUUUGAAUUUGAAAGGAAAAUGUGUGUUUUGUUUUUGGCGAACUUUUUCAUGGAUGACUUCCUCACAUUCUGUUGUGUUUGUGCUAAUGAAGCUACUCACGCGUGUAAAAUACUAUUGUACAACGUUUUAAAACUGUAUAUUUCAGUUACCAUGAUUUGAGACCUCCAUAAAUUCAAGAAAAGUACGCCUUUUGUUUGGAGUGUUUCUUUUUUGGUGUUUAGCAGAAUAGCGUCACUGACACACACACAUAAACAACCAGAGACGGAGGGGUGAGCGCUGCUGCUCCAAGAUACUUCUGGCUGCAUUUUUGAGACUUGUAAAAUAGCGAAUACCGUACUACGGUAUGACCGAAAAUUUUAGUGGUUUUGAAACCGUGACGUUUUCAUACCACGGUAAACCUUGAAACCGGUAACCGGCACAUGCCUACUCCAGAGACUCUUCUUUUUUGACGUUUUCACAACACUGUCCUCACUUUCAGCCAUUGUUGUUAUCGUCAGUGAUAUUAUAUUAUUAUAUUAUGAUUUUUCGUCGGCCAACAAUUUUUUCACGACGAUGACAAGACGACCGUGAGCUGAAAAGCUUCAAGAACUUGGCAUUCGUAUGAAGGAUGCAUUCGUAAUUUAGUUUACAGGUAUAUUUAGCCAUUUUCUGUGGGAAUAUGUGUCCGCACCAUUUGAUAGAGGGAAAAAAAAAAGUUAGCGUUUUAUAGCAUUUAAGCUAGCAGACUUUUGCUGUGUAAAUUAUCCAAUUGUUCUUUUGUUGUACAUAAAUUCUUAUUUUAUUUUUUUAUAACGUUUGAUACUCAGCUCGGGUAUUUAAAUUUUUCAUGUUCCUUAUCCGAUUACUCGAUUAUUCGAAUAACUAGUUCAUAGAUUAAUCAACUACUAAAAUAAUCGAUAGCUGCAGCCCUAUUUGAAAUUGUUGUAAUUUUUUUCAUUUGGACUAAAACCGACAGACGAAAACAUUUGAGUAUUCUUCGACUAAAACUCGACAAAGACCAACACAUUUUGAAAUGACUAAAAUAUGACUAAUAAGUAUUUCAACGGAAAUUAAAGUGCUACCAAAAACAGCAGUUUUUUUGCGACAACAAUCUCAGGAGCUUCCAUGAACAAAAUGAAAUGAUUCAAAUUCCUGAAUGCCGAACAGGCGCAGGUUUCGCGGUACUGCGCAGCUUCCGGGAGAGAGGAGGUUAAAGUCCCCCUCAGGUGAAGUCCUGCAUUGCGGCCGCAUUUGUUGGAGAGCGAGCCGAUGCGACACAGCUGCAGAGACGAGCGCGGGAAGCUGCAGCCAAGCAAACUCUGGGUUUCCCGCGAAUGUAACCAUGGCGACCUUUCUCCUUCAUGCCCAGAGAUACUUUCUCUUCUGGGAAGUUGCUUCGAACUACCCCUCCGGAUAAUUAACAUACGUUAAUUGACGCGUCGGGCUCACAGAUGGGCACGGGUAUGUCUACGACACCCCCGUCUGUCAGCGUGGCCUGGGGGAGCGGCGGUUGUCAAAGCUGAAGACAAAGAUGUCGCACCUAAAAGUUCUGGAUUGCAUGCUUAACAACAACUGGAGUCUGGUCUGCGAUCUGUACUGCGCCUGGAGCAAUCAGGGCAAGGCGAAGGAUGGGCCCUCGCAGAGCGACACGUCGGCCGCCGCGACCUCCCCCGUUCCGGAGGAGGAGGCCUUUUCUUGGCCCGGCCCAAAGACGCUGUGCCUCCGCCGGACGUCCCAAGGCUUCGGAUUCACCCUGCGACACUUCAUCGUCUACCCGCCCGAGUCCGCCGUGCACAACUCUCUCAAGGAUGAAGAGAACGGCAGUCGAGGGAGGCAGCGAAGUCGCCUGGAGCCCAUGGACACCAUUUUUGUCAAGCAAGUAAAGGACGGCGGGCCCGCGCACGGAGCUGGACUCUGCACAGGCGAUCGCAUCGUGAAGGUGAACGGCGAGAGCAUUAUCGGCAAGACGUACUCGCAAGUUAUUGCUUUGAUCCAGAACAGCAACGCCUCGCUUGAACUCUGCGUGAUGCCCAAGGAUGAGGACAUUCUCCAGCUGUUUUCCAGGGACAUCACUGCUCUGGCGUAUUCUCAGGACGCAUACCUCAAAGGAAAUGCGGCAUACAGCGGUAAUGCCCAGAACAUCCCCGAACCCCCGCCUAUAUGCUACCCUCGGAUAGAAAUCAAGGCUGCGGGCAAGGCGACGGUGGUCCCGGCCGUCGGCAACGCCCCCCGAGAGGCAGCUCAGGGUUCCGGAAGACGAGGCGGGGCGACGGAGAAAGUUUACCGUGUGGAAAUCCCUGUUCCCCCUUCGCCCCCGGCGCCACAGACGGCGCUUUACGUCUGCAACGACAACUCGAGGACAGCGGAUUCGACCCCUGAGCGAGGGGUGGCUCGGGCGGGCCCCAGCCACAGGACUGAAGAGAACCGAUACUGUCCUUCCGCAGAAGCGGGUUCUCCACUAGCCAAACCUCUUGUUUCUUCGCUUCCAGGAGGCGCGCAGUCGGCGCACCCUUCCCAUCCUGUCGAGACGCCCGUGCACUGCCCCUCCCCGGGUACUCGACCGAGCCCGAACCACCCUGAUAACUCCCCGGUACGAGCGUCUCUCACCCCGGAUGUGUUUUCCCCCAAAACGGAGCGCCACACUCCCUCUCCGACCGCCCCCUCUUGGACAUCGCCUCACCAGAACAUCGACUGGAGGAACUACACCACCUACAAGGACUACAUCGACGCCAAGAGGCUCCACACGUACGGCUGCCGCACCAUCCAGGAACGCUUGGACAGUUUGCGCGCCGCCACCAACUCUAGUUCCGCCUACGCCCAGCAGCGCACGUCCUCGCCGUGCAAUAGCCAGAGAGGGCUGACGGCCUCUCAGGUCAGAUGGAGAAGCAUAUCCACAGAUCGAGGGGUCAACGGCGGGACGCACGCCAGUCCGUUACGAAGCGCCUCUCAAGAGAGGCUCGGCGGGUCGGAGCGGGGCAGGCACUGGCCUCGCAGCGCUUCCCAAGAUGCGCUGCCCUUCUCCGGUCCGGACGCGGCGGCUAAAACUCGAGCGCGCUCUUCCGACCACUUGGGCCAGCAACCGGCGCUCGGCACCGCCGACCGCACGGGUUUGGAGGACCGGCUUUUGCUUUGCCAAGGCGAGGAAGCCAGAGCGAGCAGGCAGGGAUCCGGUCAAAGAGCUUUACCUCAUCUCAGACAGGACGCCGAACGACAAGGAUUAGGGAACUCUUCUUUAGCCGAUCGGACGUGUAGCAAACCCCCAUUAAGGGCGGACGUCAACAUCAUCAGGCCCUCGCGGCUACCCGUUAAGAGUUCGGCCUCAGACCUCACGGCCGCCGCUAAAACCGCAGACCAAAGAACCCACGUCACCGGAAACCACGUGGGGUACCCGUCGCCUCCGCACUUAGAGCUCAGGACUCGAGCCGACAGUCUAAAAAUGGAGAGCCGGUCCGAAGCCGGUUUGGCGGCCAGGUCUUCCUCUUGUUCAGGUCCCUCUUGUAAGAGUUUAAUACAAAGCGGCGCCGUUGACGCCAACAGAGCCGUUAGCCAAAAGCCAAAGUCCUCGGUACGAAGUAACGGUGGUCCGGCGGGGGGCGUGGAAGGACCGGACGCCACGGUGGUGGUCCUGAGAAAAGACAAAACCUCAGGAACCGCUCGCGCCCGUCCCCCGUCCUGCAUCUUCUCCGUUUGCGACAACCAAGGCAAGUCGCAGCCGUUGGUGAAGGCGGGUUCUGCCGACGCGGUGGCGUAUUGGACCGACAGCUGCAGGGAGAUGCACCUCCGGCGGUUGGGAGGCACUCGGCAGAAGAGCGCUUCUGAACAUCUGGAUGACUCCUUGGACUCCAUCCCCUUCAUAGAUGAACCCUCCAGCCCCAGCGCGGAUAUGGACGCCAUCAACAUUCCGGCCUCGGCCGUCAUCUCCGCGACGCCCGUCAUCGCCACCGUACCACCCAGCCCGACGGCCACGUCGCCACUUAUGCGCCGACACAUGUCGCACGACCAUGAUUCCCUCCGGCUCACCAUCAUCGAGUCGGAUUCCGGGGGUAAAACGGAGCGCUCAAUGUCGUACGACGAAGGUUUGGAUAACUACCGGGACGACGGCGGAGGGAGAUCCUUGAUAGGUGGGCUGAAAGGCCUCAGAAAGGUGACAGAUAGGUCAUCGGAAGAUUCCGGAUCCAGGAGGGACUCGUCCUCCGACAUCUUUUGCGACGCCGCUCGGGAGGGUCUUCUACAUUUUAAACAGCUUAAUACUGAUAAGGGAAAGCGAGUGGGCGGAGGCAUGCGCGCGUGGAAGCAAAUUUACGCCGUCCUGCGAGGUCACUACCUGUGCCUGUACAAGGACAGGAAGGACGGGCAGGCGCACGCCAACUGCCAGACGUCGGACGAGCCGCUGCCCAUCAGCGUGCGGGCCUGCCUGGUAGACAUCUCUUACAGCGACACCAAGCGCAAGAACGUGCUGCGCCUCACCACCUCCGACUCCGAGUUCCUCUUCCAGGCCGAGGACCGCGAGGACAUGCUGGCCUGGAUCCGCGUCAUCCAGGAAAGCGCGCGCCUGGACGAGGAGAACGCGGCCUUUACCAGCCAUGACCUCAUCAGCCGGAAGAUCAGGGAGUACAACACCUUGAUGAGCCCGACGGGCAGCAAGACGGAGCCCUCGCCGCGUUCGUCUCGCCAGUCGCUCAGCAUUCGCCAAACGCUGUUAGGGGGCAAAGGAGACUCCAAAACUCCCAGCCCGAACUCGCCCAAGCCGGCGGAAGACACCAGCCCGCCUAAGGACAAGGGCACGUGGAGAAAAGGCAUCCCCAACCUGAUGAGGAAACCCUUCGAGAGGAAAGCCGCUGCCGGGGUCACCUUCGGAGUGCGGCUGGACGACUGUCCUCCCGCCAUCGGCAACAAGUUUGUGCCGUUGAUCGUGGAGGUGUGCUGCCAGCUGGUGGAGGAGCGCGGCUUGGAGUACACGGGCAUCUACCGAGUGCCGGGAAACAACGCCGCCAUCUCCAACAUGCAGGAAGAGCUCAACAACAAGGGCAUGAGCGACAUCGACGUCCAGGACGAUAAAUGGCGGGAUCUCAACGUGAUCAGCAGUUUGCUGAAAUCCUUCUUCCGAAAGCUCCCCGAGCCGCUCUUCACCAACGAUCGCUACGCAGACUUCAUCGAGGCCAACAGAAUAGAAGACCCCGUGGAAAGGCUGAAAGUGCUCAAGAGGCUGCUUCGCGAGCUGCCCGAUCAUCAUUACGAAACACUCAAGUUCCUCUCGGCUCACCUGAAGACCGUCGCGGGCAACUCGGAGAAGAACAAGAUGGAACCGAGGAACCUGGCCAUCGUAUUUGGUCCCACCUUGGUGCGCACCACUGAGGACAACAUGACCCACAUGGUGACGCACAUGCCCGACCAGUACAAGAUCGUGGAGACCCUCAUUCAGAAUUACGACUGGUUCUUCACCGAUGAAGGCAACGGAGAUCCUGUGACGGUUUCCCACGAGGAAAGCGCCGUGGAGUCGCAGCCGGUUCCCAACAUCGACCACCUGCUCACCAACAUCGGUCGCACGGGCACGUCGCAGGGCGAAGUAUCAGAUUCUCCCACCAGCGACUCAGCCAGGUCAAAGGGUUCCUGGGGUUCGGGCAAGGACCCCUGCGGCCGAGAGCUCCUGGUUUCCUCCAUUUUUGCCGCUGCCGGCCGCAAAAGAAAGAAGUCCAAAGAGAAAGCGCAGCCCAGCAGCUCUGACGACGACCUAGACGGCCUUUUCUCCAAGAAGGAAAUCCCCGGGCGGAAGGGCGACGACGCUCAGGGGGACGCCCGAGGAAACGGCGAACGGGGGGAUAACGGCGGCGAGUCAAAACCCGGAACCGAGCGGGACGCGAGACGCCGCUCCCCGGACGACGUCGGGGGGAAAGCCGAGCCGUCGUCGGAGCCCGGCGCGUCGGCCAAACCGAGAGCGGGCGAGGCGGACGUGAGCUCCGUCGCCUCGGACUAUUCCACCGCCUCGUCCGUCACCUUCCCGACGGCCGGCGAGUCCCUGGCGCUCGGCCCCGAGCCGCAGGGCGGCGAGGAGGCGGACGACGAGCGCAGCGAACUGGUCAGCGAAGGCCGGCCCGCCGAGACCGACAGCGAGGGCGACUUCCCCGUGUUCGGCGGCGCGGCCGAGACGGAAGGCCGGCGUCUUUUCCCCGCCCAGAAGACGACGGAGCGCGACGCGCUCUCUCGUCGCCGGUCGCCACGAAACAAGACGGACAGCGAGUCCUCGGCGGCGAGCGGAGAGUGUCGGGCCGAGGCGACGGCGCGCUUAGCCCGGGUUCUGGAAGUGAUGAAAAAGGGGCGGUCCACCAGCAGCCUCAGCUCGUCGUCCCGCAGCGAAUCGGAGCGCUCCGAGCCCGCCGCCUGGCACCUGAAAAUCACCGAGCGCCUCAAGUUCCGGCUCCGCUCCUCCUCCGACGACGCCUUCCCCCCGAAGAGCCGCUCGGCCGAGGGCCGGCGCAGGAACAACGUGCGACGGCGCCACACCGUGGGCGGACAGCGCGAUUUCGCCGAGUUGGCCGCCAUCCACGACUGGCGGGAGCAGGGCGGCGCCGACCGGACGGCCGAGCCGUUGCCGUCGGGCCGCCUCCGACCCCGCCGCGCCUCGCAGGACUCGGACAUCCGCGACUGGCUCGGCCUCCGAGGGGGCGGCCCCUCCGCCGCGCCUCCCAAAGCCGUCCCCGAGGACUCCGACGUCAAGGACGCGCCAGCCGCUAACGGCAAAAGCAAAUCGGCGCCGGGGGACGACGCGCACCCGCACAAACUGUCGGGGGCGCAGGUGGUGCGCUCGCGCUUCUACCAGUACCUCUGACCCCGCCCCCUUAACCAGGAUGAAUGUGUUGAUAUCGUACGAAUGUGCUCUCUCAGCUGCACAGUAGUUGUUUUUUUUUUUUAUAUAUUACAAAGUUUAUAUGUACAUAACGUGUGCGGACUCAAACUCAAGCUCCUCUUGCACGCCCGUUUAAAAAAAAUAAGAUAAAAAAUCUAUGAAGAAUGUACGACUUUCCUACGUUAACAGACACGUUGUGUGUUCUUACAGUGUACGGCGUUCUUUGAAAAGUAAGAAUUUAAGAAUGGACGUACACAUUAACUCAAUGUCUGCCACUGACGGCAAUAGACGUCCAGGCAAUGAGUUCAUUGUUGGGUCAUUUAGGUCCAUGAAGGAAUAAUCGCACAAUAUUGUGCAAAAAAGCCAUCUGUUUUUCCGUCCCGGUACUUUUGCCCACUGUUUGGUUACUCUUCACAGAGACAACAGCCAGAGAGUAUCUUAACAAAUAUAUUACAAUUUUAUCAAAUAAAAUGAAAUGUAAUGGAAGCCUUACAAAAAAGUAUGUAAUACUUGGUGUAAGAUCCUUGAAACAAAACAAAACAAAAAAAUCCCAAUCUGUCCAAGUAUUGCCCUAUUUGAUGUCAAUGUAUGUGUUUGUCAUCUAAAAAGAAAAAGUGCCUCUUUUUGCCCCUUUUCUUACUGUUUGUAUGAAUUUUAAGAUGAGGAAAGCUCCAACUCAUUCCGACACGUUUCUCUCCAUGUUUCUCACGCACACAUGCGAGUGCAACUUUGUCCUCUCCUCGAAGAACACUGGAAAUAAAUCAUCUUUAUCAUUA